AUGAUCAUCAUCAUCCCCGGCAUCGCUGCAGUGUUGGUCCUCCUGUUGUGCUGCCGCUGUCACGUCAGGGGUCUCACCCCUAGGCGAGCGAGGUAUUUGUUGGAGGCUGCUGCUCAGGUAGCGACAGCCCGACGCCUGCGGAUCUUAGGCUGCUGCGCGGCGGGGAAGUCCCAGCUCAGGGGCAGCUUGGGAAAGAUGUUGCAGCUGCCCCUGGUGGAACUGGAUACCAUUUACUGGAAGCCCGGUUGGGUCAUGCGGGACCAUGAGGACACGCUGGGCAUUUUGGCUGAGAGCCUGGGGGAUGCAUGGAUCUUGGAUGGAAACUUCAUGAGUAAACCAAGGGACCUGGAACGCUACGGGCUGAACCGGCAGAUCUGGGACAACACGCAGUGCCUCAUUUGGUUGGACUACCCCUUCUGGACCAUCUAUCUCCGGGCCUGGCGUCGUACCCUGUGGAGGAUCGGAACGGGUGAGCCCUGUUGCAAUGGCAAUCGCGAGACCUGGUCGUUGCUGCUGUUCGACUUCCGCAACAGCAUCCCAUACUUCGUGUGGACAGGGCAUGGCAAAUUUCCUGAGAGAUUGCAAGAGCUGGAACGAAUUUUUGAAGAGAGGAUUCAUUUCGUACACCUGCAGUCCCAGAGGGAGACCGACUACUUCUUGAAUUCGAUUGCCAAGAUUGCCAGUUGA